AUGGCCUACCGCCUAAAUCACACUAUGAGCGACGGUGCUGGUAUUGUCCAAUUCCUAAAUGCCGUGGCGGAGAUCGCCGGAAGUGCAAGUAAGCCAUCCAUUGCUCCGGUAUGGCGGAAAGAGCUAUCAGCAAGAGACCCACCUCAAAUUACUUGCAUGCGUCGUGAGUACGAGCAAGUCCCCAUAACAACGGCAGGGAAGCUCUGUGAAAACCCAUUAGUGUAUGCCUUAGAAUUGGUGAAGAAGGCCAAAGCUGAGGCAACGGUGGAGUAUACACAAUCUGUGGCUGAUCUUAUGGUCACUAAAGGAAGACCCUGCUUCACUAAGGCUGGAACAUGGAUUGUGUCGAGUGCUUCGCGUUUCGGGUUUAGAGAUGUGGAUAUUGGGUGGGGAAAAACGGUGUACGGUGGCCCGGCAACGGCCGGAGCUGGUCCCUUUUCCAGGAGGAAUCAUCAACAGGCUGUUAUGGCUCAUGAAGUUAGCAAAGCAGCAGUUUCAAUAGCAACUACUACCUCCGAUUCUUAA